CUAUUAACUACAUUGUAUAGCAUCUUGUGUGCAGAGAAUAUUAUUUUACACGGUUUGCAGCCGAACCGGAACCGGAAAUCAAUAACAAUGGCGAACUGUCGAGGUGUGGAAAGAAUAUUAAAAAAACUGAAAGAUUCGGUGGACAGUGGGAAGUAUUAUGAGGCACAUCAAAUGUACAGGACGCUUUAUUUUAGGUAUAAUGCACAGAAAAAAUAUGCAGAAGCCAUAGAUUUACUUUACUCAGGAGCUAAGUUACUUUUGGAGCAUAAUCAGAUAACAAGUGGGUCAGACCUUUCUCUCUUGUUAUUAGAAACAUUAAAUGCAUCAGAUACAGAAAGAAAUGAUGACACUUUUGAAAAAAUUGGAAUUCUGCACAAAAUGAUUGAUCCAGAGUCACCUGAUAGACCAACAUUUGUUGUCAAAGCAUUGAAGUGGUCCAAAGGAAGUAAUUGUGAAUCAAAUUCUGGACAUCCGGCUUUACAUAAACAGUUUGCAGUCACAUUAUGGCAAGAAAAAAAUUACCCAGAAGCAAGGUAUCAUUUUGUGCAUUCUAAUGAUGGAGAAGGCUGUGCUGCAAUGUUGGUAGAGUAUCACAUUACUCAUGGCUACCCAUCUGAAGUGGAUAUGUUUAUAGCUCAAGCAGUGUUACAAUAUCUUUGUCUCAAGAAUAAAGCCACGGCUACAGUGACAUUCUAUGCAUAUGCAAGGCAGCAUCCAGAAGUUAAAAAAGGGCCACCAUAUUUAUUACCAUUGCUUAACUUUCUUUGGUUUUUACUUUUGGCCAUAGAAGGUGGAAAAUUGGCUUUUUUCACUGUUUUAUGUGAACAGUACAAACUCAGUUUAGACAGGGAUCCAUGCUACUUUCAGUACUUGGACAGGAUUGGGCAGCAAUUCUUUGGGAUACCUCCACCCAAGAAAAAUACACAGCCAGGGGUUUUUGGGAAUUUGUUGCAGAGUUUAUUUGGUGAAGAUGAGGAGGAGGAGGAAGGGUUUUCCUCAGAGGUUAAUCUAAACAGUAGCACUAGUGGUAGAGCUUCUGUCAUGAAUUCAGAGGAUUUGGACUAAUAUAUUUAAAAACCAUAGAUGUAUGAUAUCAUACAUGCUGAUUUUGUGCAAAUUUUAUCCUGAAAUGCUUUCUGACUGUAAAGAUACCCGAUGAAAGCCAAAUACCAUAUGAAUCACAUGGCCGUAAUUGAUAAAAAGUUGUUCUAAUUCUUGAGAUAUCUUGUGUAGUAUCUCAUCAAGGAAUGAUAAUAAAUUGAAAUUGGUAGAGAACGUUUUAUAUUAUUAUUGCUAGCAAAUUUCAAUUAUCAUAUUAUAAAGUACCAAUAAGGACAUCUGGUGUCACAAAAAAAAAGAUCGAUAAGCAUCAAAUGUAUUUUUUAAAAGGGAGAUGAAUUUAUUUAUUAAAAAUAUAUAAAGAUGGUACUUUGUGAGAACGGCAUGAAAGUUUAUUUAAAAUAUGAUAUCCUUUGAUCUCAGUAAGGUAUACAUUUACUGAACUUUCAACAUUAUGUGUCAUAUAUAGUUGGUUCAAAGUAUUUUUUACAUGGCCUGUACAUUACAUUUUACUGGUUGUUUUGGUUGUACGUCAGUUAUUAUGCAGAAAAUAUGUGGUGAAUCGGUAAUCUGAAU